AUGGGCCGGGGGCGGCGGCGGGCGAGGCGAGCGGGCGGGGAGCUGUCCCUGGAGACCUUACCGGAGGCGCUGGGCGGCGCCUUGGAGGAUGGCGAAGGCGGGGGAGGAGAAGAGGCGGGGGCCGCGGCCGGAACGCAGCGCCGCCUGUGCCCGCUGGCCAUGUGGGACCUGGGCCACUGCGACCCGCGGCGGUGCACCGGGAGACGGCUGGCGCGGAAGGGGCUGGUGCGGACGCUCCGCCUGGGGCAGCGCUUCGGCGGCCUGGUGCUCAGCCCCGCCGCCGCCCGCUUCCUCUCGCCCGCCGACAGGGAGGUUGUAUCCCAGAAUGGAGUUGCGGUGAUUGACUGCUCUUGGGCAAAGCUGGACAAAACACCAUUUAGCAAGAUGAAGGGAAGUCACCUCCGCCUGUUACCCUACUUGAUAGCUGCGAAUCCAGUGAAUUAUGGACGGCCAUACAAACUUACUUGUGUGGAAGCUUUUGCAGCUACCCUGUGCAUUGUAGGACUCUCUGAUAUAGCCACAGUUCUUUUGGGAAAAUUUAAAUGGGGAAAAGUGUUUCUUGAUCUGAACAAAGAUCUCCUGGAGAAAUAUGCAGCAUGUAGCUGUGAAGAGGAAGUUUUAAGUGUUGAGAAUGAAUUUCUGAACCACCCCCAAGAAAAAGAUGAAACAGAUCCUUUUGAUGUUGAUUCAGGAAAGGAAUUUUUUAUACUCAACGGGCCUCGGCGUACCACAGAAGCUGCUGCUGCAGAUGAGAGCUCCUCUGAGGAGAUCCCUGAGGACAGCAGCAGCAGCAGCAGCAGCAGCAGCGAUGAGGACCUAAACACAGACUGUUCUGGAGCCAGUAAGUCAGCUGCAUGGAGGCAAAAGAGCAUUCUCAAAGAGAAGAAGUUUCACUGAGUUUAGUAACAAGGUUUGUUACUAAAGUUAGGAUACAAAUUGGACAAUGUUCUUCCAGUCUGAAAUACUUCAUUCAGCCUGUGGGUCUUGUCUGUCAAUUGAGCUGUGUGAUGAACUUCAUUAAUACACUGCUUGUCAAAUAGAUUUUACUAAUGCAACAUCCAUAUCCUGGUCUUGUUUUUUUUACUUAGCAUAUCAGUUAAUUAUUAUUCUAAGAAUUGUUUUGAGAUGAUGGAGGAAAAAUCAGAAGCAACUUCCACAUAUCUGAUAUCGCUACCUUUUGGUUGUUUCAGUUCUUAAUAUGUUGUGGAUGGAUAGUUGACAAUAAAUGCUCUAAACCAAAAAUUACA